AUGCUUCUGGACGCGGGGCCGCAGUUCCCGGCCAUCGGGGUGGGCAGCUUCGCGCGCCACCACCACCACUCGGCCGCGGCAGCGGCGGCAGCGGCGGCCGAGAUGCAGGACCGCGAACUGAGCCUGGCGGCAGCUCAGAACGGUUUCGUGGACUCGGCCGCGGCGCACAUGGGCGCUUUCAAGCUCAACCCCGGGGCACACGAACUGUCUCCUGGCCAGAGUUCGGCGUUCACGUCGCAAGGUCCGGGCGCCUAUCCGGGUUCGGCUGCGGCGGCUGCCGCGGCCGCAGCUCUAGGGCCCCAUGCCGCGCACGUUGGCUCCUAUUCCGGGCCUCCCUUUAAUUCCACCCGGGACUUCCUGUUCCGCAGCCGGGGCUUCGGGGACUCCGCGCCGGGAGGCGGCCAGCACGGGCUCUUCGGACCCGGCGCCGGCGGCCUGCACCACGCGCACUCGGACGCGCAGGGCCACCUUCUCUUCCCUGGUCUCCCGGAGCAGCACGGGCCGCACGCCUCGCAGAAUGUGCUCAAUGGGCAAAUGCGCCUAGGGCUGCCGGGCGAGGUGUUCGGGCGCUCAGAGCAAUACCGCCAAGUGGCCAGCCCGCGGACCGACCCCUACUCGGCGGCGCAGCUCCACAACCAGUACGGCCCUAUGAAUAUGAACAUGGGGAUGAAUAUGGCAGCGGCUGCAGCCCAUCACCACCACCACCACCACCACCCUGGUGCCUUUUUCCGCUACAUGCGGCAGCAGUGCAUCAAGCAAGAGCUCAUCUGCAAGUGGAUCGACCCGGAGCAGCUAAGCAAUCCCAAGAAAAGCUGCAACAAAACUUUCAGCACCAUGCACGAGCUGGUGACCCACGUCUCUGUGGAGCACGUCGGCGGCCCUGAACAGAGCAACCAUGUCUGCUUCUGGGAGGAGUGUCCACGCGAGGGCAAACCCUUUAAGGCCAAAUACAAACUGGUCAACCACAUCCGCGUGCACACGGGCGAGAAACCCUUCCCUUGUCCUUUCCCGGGCUGUGGCAAGGUCUUCGCACGCUCCGAGAACCUCAAGAUCCACAAAAGAACUCAUACAGGGGAGAAACCUUUCCAGUGUGAGUUCGAGGGCUGUGACCGGCGCUUCGCCAACAGCAGCGACAGGAAGAAGCACAUGCAUGUCCACACCUCAGAUAAGCCCUAUCUCUGCAAGAUGUGCGACAAGUCCUACACGCAUCCCAGCUCAUUGCGGAAGCACAUGAAGGUCCAUGAGUCCUCCCCUCAGGGCUCCGAGUCCUCCCCGGCUGCCAGCUCUGGCUACGAGUCGUCCACACCCCCGGGGUUGGUGUCCCCCAGCGCAGAGCCACAGAGCAGCUCCAACCUGUCCCCAGCAGCGGCGGCAGCAGCAGCAGCGGCUGCGGCAGCAGCGGCCGCGGUGUCCGCAGUGCACCGAGGCGCGGGUUCUGGCAGCAGCGGCUCUGGAGGGGGCUCGGCGGCCGGCGGCGGCGGGGGCGGCGGCGGGGCGGGCGGCGGGGGCGGCGGCAGUUCUGGCGGGGGCAGCGGGGCAGCCGGAGGCCAUAGCGGUCUCUCCUCUAACUUCAAUGAAUGGUACGUGUGA